UUUUCUUCCUUUCAAGCCUCUCCCCUUCCUCUCUCUCUCUCUCUCUCUGUUUCCCUUUCUCUCUGUUCGUAGGGAGUAAGAAAUUUGAAGCAGUAAAACAGAAAGGGGGUAAAGAGGAGAGGUUUAUUGACCAGAUCAAAUCAAGAUGCAGCAAACCAACGGUCCUGAUCUGAAUCCAGCAUCUACACAGCAGCAGCAGCAGCAAUGGAUCCCACAUGUUCAGCAGCACCAGCAGCAGCAACCAUGGAUGGCGGCUAUGCAGUAUCCAGCAGCGGCUAUGGUGAUGAUGCAGCAACAGAUGAUGAUGUAUCCACAACAACAGCACCAUUACAUGGCUUACUAUCAACAACACCAGCAAUAUCAAAAACAACAGCACUAUAAAAACUACCAACAGCAACAACAGAAACCACAGCUUCCUGCAGCGGAGGAUGUCAAGACUAUAUGGAUUGGUGACUUGCUUAAUUGGAUGGAUGAGCCUUAUCUACAUAAUUGUUUCUCUCAUACAGGCGAGGUUUCCACCGUCAAAGUUAUACGCAAUAAGCAAACUGGUCAGUCAGAAGGGUAUGGAUUCGUUGAGUUCCAUUCACAUGCGACAGCUGAGAAAGUCUUGCAGAACUAUAAUGGCUCUGUGAUGCCAAACACAGAGCAGCCUUUCCGCCUCAAUUGGGCAAGCUUUGCGGGUGAUAGGAGAGCAGAUUCUGGUUCUGAUCUAUCAAUAUUUGUUGGAGAUUUGGCUACAGACGUGACUGAUUCUAUGUUGCAGGAAACCUUUGCCAGUAAAUACUCUUCUGUCAAGGGAGCAAAAGUUGUCACUGAUCUAAAUACUGGCCGCUCAAAAGGUUAUGGCUUUGUUAGGUUUGGUGAUGAAAAUGAGAGGUCAAGGGCCAUGUCAGAGAUGAAUGGUGUUUAUUGCUCUAGUAGGCCAAUGCGCAUAGGUGUUGCAACUCCCAAGAAGUCAUCUGCAUAUCAACAACAGUACUCUUCACAAGCUUUGGUGUUAGCUGGUGGGCAUGCUCCAAAUGGUGCUAUUGCCCAAGGAUCCCAAUCUGAUGGAGACUCUAAUAAUACAACUAUAUUUGUCGGAGGAAUCGACUCUGAUAUCAGUGAUGAGGAUCUCAGGCAGCCUUUUUCCCAGUUUGGUGAAGUUGUGUCUGUGAAAAUUCCAGUUGGCAAAGGAUGCGGUUUCGUGCAAUUUGCAAAUAGAAAGAAUGCUGAAGAUGCACUGCAGAGCUUGAAUGGGACAACAAUUGGCAAGCAGACAGUUCGUCUUUCCUGGGGCCGCAGUCCAGCAAACAAGCAGUGGAGAGGGGAUCAUCAUAGUCAGUGGAAUGGUGCAUAUUUUGGCGGGCAAGCCUAUGGUGGAUACGGGUAUCCAAUGGCACCAAAUCAGGAUCAGAACAUGUACAUGGCUGCCGCAGCGUCAGGUGCUUCUUAACAAACACCAAUAGCUUAUACAUAUGAACUCAUGGGACUGCUGUCGUGAAAACUAUGAUCAAAAGUAGGAUUGCUUUAGCUGCUGUUGCUUUGGCUAUCUGUACUUAGAGAAUUUUGUAGCUUGAUUGAAUUAUGUCGUGAAGAUGUGCCAACAUCGUACCGAUAUUGUACUCUUAUUUUUUUUUUUUUUUUUCACCUUUCUGGUUGGGUUUGCUUGGGAAGUUUUAUUGGUGGGCGGGAAUCUUAUUUAUUUGUUACGACUGAUGAGAAAGACAAAGCUUUUCAAUUACUUGUUGGUUCUGCCCAUAAAUUAGGUAAAGCUAAUCUAAAGUUGGUCAUGGAUGAGUCCGUUUCUUAU